AUGGCCGUUACCAGGAGAGAUGGCAGCCUUGGUAGGUCACAGGAGGGGGAAGUCCGCUUCCUGGAAGUCGGCGGAUUUACAUAUUGUCAGAUGACAAUCGAGGAUUUUGUGUACCAUUACCAUGACAAAGCACCUGAGGAUAAGAAAAAGAUGGUGAGAGACUUUAUCCAGUCGAGUAAGUCAAGAUGUGCACAAAAAGAGGCAGCAAGGAAGUCGCAUGCCAACAGCAUCCGGCUAGCAGGUGGUGAUAUCUCUGCAAUUGUUCCUCUUCGGCCCAAAUUUUCAGAAUAUAUAUUCAGAAUAUUCCAUAUAUGA